AUGUCCACCAACAGGCCAACGGGAGAAAUUCCCAUGUCCGUUAACGACCAGUCACCUUAUAUUCGCACACAAGACUACAUCUCUGGUCCGCAAUAUCCGCACCCUCCCGCUGGGUCUGGGGUAGCGCGACACAUGUCAUACGGCUUUAAUGAAGGUGCGACUGUGAUUGUGGACACAAAGGUUUUCAACCGCGAGUCGCAUGAAUUCGCAGAGGGCGACUUUAUAUGUCCUGAUUUUUUCAAUCGCGUCGACCUAGGAGGUUUCACGCGACGGUUUAACGUAUCACAAUGGAGCUACGAAAUGCGACGACAAGCUCAGUGCAUCCUUCCCUUCCUAUCGUUGGGUCCCUCAUCUUGUCUACGCGACAUUGAGUAUGUCCGAAAUCAGGGGUAUACUCUCCUUCUAGCAAUCAGAAGUCGACACUCAGCACAAGCACGUCUUGUCUCUGGUGACAAAGCCGCAGCAGCAACUGGGAUACUGGCGGAUACUAUUGAUGUUCUCGACAACCAAGAGCUUAUUUCUGCGUUUCCUCGCGCGGUCCGACGCAUCAAUGAUCAUUUAGCCGGUAUGGAUAUGGAUUCAAGCGCAAUGGCUUUGAGUGGUCUGCAACAGAAGCGGAAAGUGCUUGUUUUCUGUGAAUCAGGCAACGAGCGCUCUGCUGGUGUUGUCAUUGCCUACAUCAUGGUGAUGUUGAAUAUGUCCUCCGCCGAUGCUACCCACUCUAUCCAGCAGCGUCGGUUCUGUGUUUCAAUUGAGGAUCCUAUGAAACGCAUUCUUUCGGCGUUUGAAUCUAUUCUUUCUGCGAAACGGGACGUUGAACAUGCCAAACACUCGAUGCCCCCGCGAAUCAAUGUCCCCGCAACUCUUGCGCCACCAUCUUCGUCGCCAGUCCUUACAAAGAAAAGAAGCUUCCAAGACCAUAGAGCCGAUUGCCAUGUCAUGGAUGAUGAAAUGGAAGUCGACGAAGAGGACGAUCCUUUCUUUGAAAGGAAACCCAAUGCACCGUUCCAGGACCGCGUGGUAUAA